AUGGAGAAGGCUAUUUUAACUGAUAAGAAAAAUCAUGUUCCAAUGUAUCAAAAGGCCAAUAUCCUAAUGAGCUUGGAAAAUUUUGAUGAGGCUCUGGAAGUCUUAGAGGAUAUUAAAGAGUAUGCUCCCUGCGAAAGUUGUGUACAUGCUUUAAUGGGAAUGAUCUAUAAAAGGAGUAACAUGCAUGAGACAACAAUGUUUCAUUAUGGUAUUGCUUUGGAUUUGAAACCUUCUGCAACAGAUGUUGCUGCUAUUAAGGCUGCCGUUGAGAAAUUACAUGUAUCAAAUGAGAUGGGUGACAACUUUUAG